UAAAAUCUCUUUUCAAAGCAAUCUUUAUAAAUAAAUUCAUAUAAGCACUGAACUAUUCCCAAAAUUAAAAUUCCCCAAAUAAGAAAGAAGGCGGGAAACCUAUUUUCAAUCUGCUUAUAUAUCGGAACGAAGCUCAUCGUCAGCAGCAGCAGCAGCAUCUCGACUUCAAUCAACAUCUCUCGAUUCCUUUAUCGGUCGAGUGUGGUUACCUGGUCUUUGACAACUACAUUGUAAAUGGAAAGUGAAACGAGUGAACCCUUGAGGAAACGCACCAAAAUUGUUGAAGAGGAGGAAACAAUGACCGAAGAUGGGGCUAUAGUUGAGGUUGCAGAAGAAGAUCCAGAAGCAAAUCCUCCUGUAUCUGAACAGAUGGAGGUUUAUAUCAGUCAAAUUCUUGAAAAGAUUGAUAACUUUACUCAGCAGGUGUCUGAACUUCUUGAAUCUGGGAAAUCGUUCUUUAGAGAUUUGUCUACUGAAUUUGAAGAAAGGGUGAUAGCAAUACACAAGGAACAGAUGGAGAAAUGGCAAGAGGAAAUCAAGGAACUUCGCUUCAUUGAUGCUUCAAAUGAGGACAUUAAUGCCGUCUUGCACAAUGCUCAGCUUCUACUUCACAACGUCAAUAAUGAUCCUUGAAGAUUUUAUGAAACUUGGCUGACAUCAUAUUUAACAGAUCAGCAUCAGAGAUUUUCCAUCAGCUUGAAGAAAUCAUCAAUAAAGUGUACAAGCAUAGGGAGUUGGGCGUUUAUUUCAUUAUGCUGAAUUAAUAAUAGUAGGGACCUCUGAUAUUAAAAUCACAUGCUGUUUCAAUAAGCACUUCGUUUAUUAGUAGUAAGAAUAAGAAUAGUUUUCAUAUGCAACAUUUCUUGUGUUUCUUGUAAAGAAUUUUCAACUUGAACCUGCGU